CCCUUCUCUUCUGCGCAGGAUCGACCGUUUAAAAAAACACACUCACGCAAGCUCACGGUGACGCGCACGUCUCAAGCUUUGCGUACGCGGUUAAACGUACCAAACCCAUCACAACACGGACAGUUAUUUCACUCGUUCGGAAAUAUAUUAACGCACGCGACAGAAGGUUUGAGAGAAUAACUGGGCAAGCGUUGCUUGCUGUUUCAUACCGUUUCGGUAUCGUGUCGAACCCGGAUUCACUUUUCUGCGCCACGGCUGUGGGAUCACCCGAGCUACAAGUCUCCUGUGGGAAAAUACGAGGCCGUAUGCUGUUGUGCGCUGACAGAAAAUCAACGUGUACUUCAGAUUUUGCAUCUUCAGCCACGACCUAAUGAAUUUGACAUUGGACCUUUCAUCUGUUUCUUCCAAUGUCCCAGAGACAGUAUGACUGCUCUCAAAGCACCAGAUUGCUGAGUGUGGACUUCACCUCGUCCACGCCCAUUUCAACUCGCUGAAACCGCUCACCUGCACUCUCUUUUUACCCAGACAUGCAACAGGUGAGGCUCUGGACAGUCAGCGAUGUCUCUGAUUGGCUGACUGAAGAGGGCAUGCAGGAGUAUUCCGAUGCAUUGCGUAACACGGACGGCGCUGCUCUCUUGCAGCUCACUGAAGAGGACUUCAAAGCCCCACCCCUUUCACUGGUCACCGGCGAUGGUGGCCGGCAUCUGUUGGAUCGCAUAGAGACUUUGCGCUUCACGAGCCACAUGAAGGCACACAAGAGCAACCAUGAAAACGGUCACCAUGUGAACGGACACGCUGGCAUUACCCUCGCCAACGGCAAUGUUGGCAAUGGGAAGACCCUCAAUGGCGGACCUAAAAACGGAUUCCGCUCCGACCCGGUUCGCAUUUUAAUCCCUGUGCUCCCUGAGCAGGAUCGCACGCCGUUUCCCACGGAGUGGUUUAAGACGGGUGUGGCUUUCCUGUACGCCGUCUGCUGCUUUGUCAUAACAACCAUAGUGAUCUCUGUGGUGCACGAGCGAGUCCCACCCAAAGAAGAAUCCCCGCCCCUGCCCGAUAAGUUUUUUGAUCUGUUUGAUCGCGUGGGGUGGGCGUUUUCCAUCUGCGAGAUCAACGGUAUGCUGCUGGUGGGACUGUGGCUUGCACAGUGGUCUCUGCUGAAACACAGGUCCAUAAUUGGCCGGCGGUUCUUUUUCAUCGUAGGCACUCUGUACUUGUACAGAUGUGUGACCAUGUACGUUACGACGUUACCUGUGCCUGGCAUGCAUUUCAAGUGCUCUCCCAAGCUCUUCGGUGACUGGGAAGCCCAAUCGCGUCGGGUCUUAAAAAUGAUGGCAGGUGGUGGCCUGUCAAUCACUGGAGCGCACUCAUUGUGUGGAGAUUACCUGUACAGUGGACACACAGUGAUGCUGACGCUAACCUACCUUUUUAUUAAAGAGUAUUCACCGCGGAGGUUCUGGUGGUAUCACUGGUUCUGCUUGUUCCUGAGUGUUAGCGGUAUCUUCUGCAUCCUGUUGGCUCAUGACCACUACACAGUUGAUGUGGUGGUGGCCUACUUUAUGACAACACGCCUCUUCUGGUGGUACCAUACAAUGGCCAAUCAGCAGGCUUUAAAGGAGAAUUCCGGCAGCAAUCUGUUCUCUCGUGUCUGGUGGUACGGCCUAUUUCAGUACUUUGAGAGUAACGUACGGGGCAUCGUGCCUCGAAACUACCAGCUGCCAUUUUUGUGGCGAACUUUGACGAGUUCCCGGGUUAAGUACAGCAGGCUGGACUCCCGUGAGUCGUGACCCGUGACGCCCGAUUAGGUGGAGCUCUGUGAGACUCUAUUAAAAAGCAAGCUACUCUUCCAAUCAACCCCUGCAAAACUGGUUGAGCACUGUGAUGCAUAUACUACACCAUACAUCAUUUUCUAGUAUUUGAAGCAUUUCAAUGUGUAUAUGUAGAGCAGAACGUCUUAACAACUGGAUUUAAGUUGCUGCUCUUUACAGUAGGUAAAUAAUGCUGACUGCAUUAUUGUCCCCUUCCUGCUGUCUUCUCAAUGGACUUUGUACAGCAGAAUAUGUAACUUAAGGUUUAUUUACCUGCCAAUACUGUAUUGAUAUCCUGGAAUACUUAUAGAAACAGAUUUUGUUUUGAAAACACAUCUUUUUGUAACAAUAAUUUUAUUAAUUCUGGUGCAAGAGAUUUUUCUAAAUAUUUAGCAGGUUUUAUUUUCCAAAAAAAGACUCCCAAAUAGAAAAUCUUUUCUAGAUUUGUACCUUCCGAAAUGCUGGGGUAUACCAGCUUGAGAAAUGUCUAGUGCCUUUGUUUCAUACACUCAAACACGCAUACUGUAUGUAAACACACAUGUGUGACUAAUAUGCACACUUUGAUCAAAAGUUACAUAACGUGUUAUACACACACACAAUGUCUGUAUGAAUGUUGAAGCUUUGCUUAGCCAGUAAACACUAAGAGACACACUAUGUUUUCUAGAUGCUAUGAAUGUGGAAAUUCGUUUCUGCCUACACUGUCAAAAAAAUGGUCCCAUGCUUUCACCUGUGCAGUACUCUUUUAAGGGUCCUAGUAUUUGUACCAUUUUAGGUACAGAUAUGUAUAAAUAUAUACCUUUUAGGUACUAAAAUUCACCCUUUCAUACCAAUAUGCACCUCUGAGGUACUGACAUAAACUGCAUUUAGGUGUAAAGUUGUACAUUUUAAAAGCGUACCAUCCCAAUGUGAGCAAGGGAGCAUUAUUUGACAAUUUUUUCUGACAGUAUACAUAUUACAAUCAUUCAAAUCAUAUUAGUGUUUGUAAUAAGGUAGUUUUGUUGUCGGAAAAGAAAGUUGGAUUCAGAACAGUGAAAUAAAUGAGUCCAGACAGAGAGUAAGAUGUCAUUACGUCCAACUACAAAACUUGUUUGACAAAACACUACUUAAUUUUUGAAUUCAUUACGAAUUUGGUUUUAAUACAGCAUGUGCUUUGUAAAUGUCAGUUGUCGUAUCACGAUUUUAAAUAAUGAAUAUGGUUUUUCAUAGAGUAUCACAGCUUACAAAACUUGCCAUUUUAGGUUUCACCCUUAUUCAAAAGAUUGUGUCACUCAACAUAGGUUUACUUAUACAGACUAAAUGUUUACAAUACCUUUCUCUUAAGGGCACCCAUGGAACAAAUGUUGGCAUAGACGGGAUAAUCUAUACAUUUAAAACAUCUAGUAUAAUACACAGUGUAUGUACUAGAUAUAUGACAAGUCCAUCUUACAUCUGCAGUAAACUUAUGAAGUCGUUUAAAAGUGUAUGUAAAUGAAUCCUAUUUCUAGUUUUGUAAUGCCAUGUUUUCAUAGACUGGCAUUUGUUUUAGCAUUGGCAUUAAUAGGGGCAGCCGUCCUUUAAACACAAAUGAUCGGUUUAAGUUUAUUUGAUACUACUAAAUAUGUUCAAGUAUUUUUCAUUUAAUAUGUGUGUCUGCCCAAAAUGUGCUUCUGCUAGCCAAAGGAAAAAUAGAACCAAAUCAGACUGAACGAUAGGCGUCUCGGGCGUGAAACUGAAUGACUGAAUUAAUUUUCUGGAGCAUAAAUGUGCAAUCGGUUACUGUACACAAUAAAAAAAACAAGCACUUUAAAAUAACGCCCAGCCACACACUUCAGUAAACUACUUUAAAGAAGUGAGGUACAGUAAUCCAGCAUCUAACUAUAAAUAUAAAGUAGCAGCUUUAGUAGACCGCAUAAAUUGAACACAUAAUAUAAGAUAGACUAAUGAUGGUUUUAUACUCUGUCGCCUUUAUGAAGUUGACAGUAGGAUCAGACCUUUGAAUGUGCAUCAAUUUACAACCACUAGAACACUGGGAAGAAAAUGCACAUACUACUUUGUAUGACUGACUUCAGUAUACCACACAUUUGUAUUGGUCAGUUUUGUUGUGGGUUCCCAGUCUUCCUAUGGAAACCAGUGUUGGAUAAGAAAAUAUUUUGCUUUCAGGAUUAAAAAAUUAAGUGUUUGUAUACUUAAUUGGGAAGUCCAGAUUGUUCAGAGGUUAAUUUAGCUUUGUAUUAGAUCACCAGAUGAUCUGCAUUGAAAAGUAAUGGACUUUUUAGAACUGAAUUGAGUAUUGGCUUAUUUUGUCUUUGACACAAUGACAGUAAAUGCAUGCAUUUUUUUAGUUGUUGUUGUUUUGUUUCCUUUUCAUUGUCAAUCAUAAACCCAGCAUUGUCAAAUCGCUAAGUGUUGUCUAAUGCAAAUCAGGUUACAUGUGCUAAAUAAUCUCUUAAGAUGACAAAAGGAGAAAAGAUGUAUAUUGAAUAAAACUUUUAAUAUUCUGUA